AUGAAAGGCACCGGCGAAAUGGUGCAUACCAUACCAGCCUCAGUUAUAAAACCGGCCGAAGCCGAGGUGUCCUCAGGACCUGGCUUCGAGGUGCUGUGUAGCUACAACUGGCAGAAGAAUGGGACAACUCUUGUUCUCGGUGCACCUCCAAAAUGGGCACCCCCACCCUUGCCGGUUACUCUGACUCUGGAUUCUGGUCACCAAUUCGUAGACCAGUCCGCCUUUCGUGUCCCAAGAUAUCCAUUCGAGCCAGCAUUCCAAGCACCGUCCAUCAUGAACCCAGAUAUACGACUAGAUGAAAUUGACAUCAUCGUCAAUCGCAACCGUCUGCGCAAGUUGCUCGAUUUUGCCGCCGGGAAACGGCAGGAUCCAUUCCGCAUGGAUUUGCAUAUGGUGAAGGACACUCUCUUUAUCAGCCGCAAAGAGAAGAACGCUCGAUACAUGAUCCAUGGUUUUCGCAACUCCGGGUACGGGCAUAACCUCGAAAAUGCAUUCACCAAGCCCGAAGAUGGAUUGGAUUCAUCAAGUAGCCAUCAUAGGGUCAUUCGCUAUCGCCUUUGCCACCUCAACUGCGUUGUCCGGUUCGAGGUAGAUGCGUAUUACGAAGGCCCAGAUGAUCCGAGUUUGGCCGAUACCUCCCCACAACCUGUUGAGGACGCCACCACCUUGAUGGCGCACCUGGCUGUUAACGGACCGCCACCAAAUGCAACAAGAAAAGGGGCAACUAUGGUCACCCGGCGGGGGACUCACGUAAGCUCAUCCAAGCUGGCCGAGAUCAAAGUGGGCAAAACGGAAAAGAUCAGUACAUCUCUACCACAGCUCUGGUUCGGACGUACGCCAUAUCUCCUCACUGGCAAGCAUGACACCGGCGUUGUCCAUUCAGUCAGCUCCACUCACGUUGGGCUGCGGUUCAAGGAAUGGGAAGCGGCUAAUCAAGACAAGUUGCGCAAGUUGGUCAGCUUGCUUACGAAAAUAAAGUGCAUCGUGCGUGAGACAGAAGGGGGAGCUGCGAUACUGCUGUGCGAGCACAGGUGGGCACCACUUCAAAUUUUCAGAACCAAGAACAAAGCAGGAGUUCUGCCCAAGGACAUCCUCGUGAAACACUGGGAUAUCGGAGCGGGUGAGGGAAAGUAA